AUGUCCUCCAUGCAGACACUACUGCUACUGCUGAACUAUCGCAAGUUGAGACUCAUCGCCCUUCGCCCUCGCCGGACGGUGCUCUCAUCAGAGGCCGCUGUCGACGGGCCGGAAAUCUCCGGAAGCCGCCACUUCUUAUUGCAGACGAUCCAGAUCUGGUUGCAUUGUCCAACCGCUUCUCCCGUCGAGGUGGAAAUGUGGGAUCAACGAGGAUCCUGGAUGUACGCCUCGCCUGUGAUCUCUGAUCAACGUCUGUGA